UUAAAUCAUCUCUUCAUCUGUUGGUAGGCAAGCUACAUCUUGUAUAACUCGGGCAGGCCUCCAGCGGUCUUCAUCUCCCUCCCUGCCUCUGAUUCCCCCUCUGGCGCCUGGCAUUCCGAAGUGGCUUUGGCAGCUGCCGCGCUGGGCACCCUCCCAGCAGCUGGCGGGGGCUGAGGAAUCCACGCGGUCUGAAGCAACAGGUUCAGGCCUGUUGUGGCUGUGAGUUCCAGCCCCUCGGCCUGCCCUCGGCGCUCUCUCUCGACAUGCUGGUUUCUGUCCUGAAAAUCUGCGAUGGGUCAUUCUGGACUGGUUGUUUUGUGGAUCCUGGGCAUGGCUGUUGUGGGCUACGUCGGAAGGAGUCGGGAUCUGGCGACGGUGCAGCCGUGGGCGCUAUGCCCUGCCGAUGACAGUCCGGCGGCCACGCCGGAAGGGCAGCUGCCUGCACAGCCCAGCUUUAGCAGCUGCAUGCUGCGGUGCACCUCCCACGCCUACGAAGCCUACAUGGCAAUGUUAGCAUCCGGCGACUUCAAGAGCAUGACGACGUCGCUCAAAGUCAACGAAGGCAGAGAAGGAGCAGAGCACGAAUUCUGCUGGAUGCUUCACCUCCGUUGCCAGAGAGGCGUCCGUCUCACCAAAGCGUUCGUCCUGCUGAACUUGGAGCAGCCUCUGGAUCCGAGUCAGCCUUUCCCUCUCCGCCUGCUCCUCACUGCUCCCUCUUGGCCCCAAUCCCUCUUGCAACCCCGGUCCAAGAGACGGGACACCCGGCUGCUGAGCGGGGACGCCUGCGGCGCCCGCUUCGACGUGACGGAGCCCUUCCGCGACGCCGAAGGGGACCGAGAGGCCGAGAUGUGCGUGAAAGUCGCGUGUCCGGAGGGAGACUCCUGCGAGGACCUGCGGUCGAGUCUGCGCUGCCCACCCUUCCUGGCCACUCUGUGGCGCAGCCUGCCUCGUCCUGACGGCUAA